UUGUACAUCUCCAUCAUAAAGUCUUUCGCCAAGUGCGUAUCGACCUUUCUAGUCAGAAGCACCUCUUAAGCAGUGAACAGUCAGCUUCAUCCUCCUCAAGCAUCAUGUCGACCGAGGGCAAGACGAUCACUUGUAAAGCAGCCGUAGCAUGGGAGGCAGGUAAACCUCUCUCCAUCGAAGAGGUCGAAGUCGCUCCUCCCAAGGACGAUGAGGUCAGAAUCAAGGUCUUGUACACUGGUAUCUGCCAUACAGACGCCUACACACUCUCCGGCAAGGAUCCUGAGGGCGCUUUCCCUAUCAUCUUAGGACACGAAGGCGGAGGAAUUGUUGAGUCUGUAGGCAAGGGCGUGGACAAUGUCAAAGUCGGAGAUCAUGUCAUUCCUCUGUAUACUGCAGAGUGUAAAGAAUGCAAGUUUUGUAAAUCCGGCAAGACCAACCUGUGUGGUCGAGUCCGAACGACUCAAGGCAAAGGCUUGCUACCCGACGGCACAACGAGGUUCAAGUGCAAGGGCAAGGAUAUCCUAAGCUUUAUGGGCUGCUCGACCUUUUCUCAAUACACUGUCGUCUCGAAAUUCUCCGUCGUCACCAUCACCGACAAGGCGCCGUUGGAAAAGGCUUGUCUAUUGGGAUGUGGAAUCACCACGGGGUACGGGGCCCUGACCAAGACACCCGGGAUCGACAAUUCUACCGUCGCUGUAUUUGGAAUCGGCUGUGUUGGUCUCUCCAUCCUCCAAGGCGCGAGAGCCAAAAACUGCUCGAGAAUCAUUGCGAUCGAUACCAAUCCGAAGAAGGAGGAAUGGGCCAAGAAGUUUGGCGCAACCGACUUUGUCAACCCUAAAGAUCUGCCCAAGGACAAGACCAUCGUCGAGUACCUGAUCGAAAUGACGGACGGAGGUCUGGACUUUACGUACGAUGCCACUGGAAACGUCGACGUCAUGCGAUCCGCUCUGGAGGCCUGUCACAAAGGCUGGGGAGUGUCGACGAUUAUCGGAGUUGCUCCAGCCGGCGCUGAGAUUGCUACCCGACCUUUCCAGCUCGUCACUGGUCGAGUGUGGCGAGGAUCAGCGUUCGGAGGUGUCAAAGGCCGAACAGAGAUGCCAGGGAUCGUAGAGGACUACCUCAAUGGAACGCUAUGGGUGGACGAAUUCGUCACUCACACUCAGUCCCUGGAGGACAUCAACAAGGGCUUUGAUGAUAUGCACGCCGGAGAUUGUAUUCGAUGUGUGGUCAACAUGGGCUUCCCAAAAGAGGACCAAAAGGAGUAAUCAGUCUUGUUCAGUUCAUGCAUCGUACAGUCAAUGAAGAGGGAAACUAGAA